UGCGUUGCACCGAAACAGGAAGUUGUUGGUACAUUGCUGCAAAAAAAAUGUCGUAGCUAAGUCCAAUGAAUGGAGGCUCUGAUGCACUGAGGUGCCUCUGCUCACAUCUGUCCAAGAUGACAUGAACGUUUAAGCUCAGUACUAAACUCCAGCGCUCCGGUCUUCCACGAUUUCCCGCCUCCGCUGGUCAGGGUACCAUGGCAACAAGGAUGAAGCUGAAGCUGAAGACUGUGUUUGUGCUCUACUUCAUGGUCUCUCUGCUGGGCCUUGUCUAUGCACUGAUGCAGCUUGGUCAGCGCUGCGACUGCACAGAUCACGACUUCCCUAAAGACCGUACCAUAUCUCAACUGCGGGGGGAAUUGCACCGUCUUCAUGAGCAGAUAAGGAACUUGGAGGUGGCCAAACAGCCCCAGAAACAGCCUGCCAAGCUGCCCACCAUCUUUGUCAUCACCCCGACGUACGCAAGACUGGUGCAGAAGGCCGAACUGACUCGUCUGUCCCAGACCUUCCUCCAUGUUCCUCAGCUCCACUGGAUCGUGGUGGAGGAUUCGCCGCACAAAACGCCACUGGUGGCUGAGCUCCUGGGGAAGAGUAAACUGAACUACACACACCUACAUAUGCCCACCGCCAAGGACCGCAAACUGCAGGAGGGUGACCCCAGCUGGCUGAAGCCUCGUGGAGUCGAGCAGAGGAACGAGGGUCUACGGUGGCUCAGAGUGGACAGGAGGGCUCAGCCAGGAGGAGACAACCAGCAGGGAGUGGUUUACUUUGCUGAUGACGACAACACGUACAGCCUGCAGAUAUUUGAAGAGAUGAGGAGUACCCAGCGAGUGUCGGUGUGGCCUGUGGGGCUGGUUGGAGGGAUGAAAUAUGAGAGGCCCGUGGUUGAAGGAGGAAAGGUGGUUCGCUUCCAUACCGGUUGGCGUCCCAGUCGCCCCUUCCCGAUGGACAUGGCCGGGUUUGCCGUGUCCCUUAAACUGGUCCUGGCCAAUCCAGAGGCUUGUUUUGACGGAGAGGCACCAAUGGGCUUCCUGGAAAGCAGCCUCCUUCAAGGAUUGGUUACCAUGGACGAACUGGAGCCCAAAGCGGACAACUGCUCUAAAGUCCUGGUGUGGCACACACGGACAGAGAAACCGAAGAUGAAGAGAGAGGAAGCUCUGCAGGCUCAGGGACUGGGUUCAGACCCUGCAGUGGAGGUCUGAGGAACACACACACACUCACACACACACUCACACACACACAUUGUAAGGCGUACUCUGCUGUUUAAUGCUGCAUAUGUAACUCUGCGUUGUAAAUACUGUAAAACAGAAAAAUAUCUGUUGGAGGUGACAUUUAAAUUGAACUGGUUUUGACUGUUCUGUGUCGGGUAGUAAAUGUACGUGUGUAUAUAUUGAGUGAGUGCUGUUAAAGCUGUGCUAACUGUAUGUUAGUGUACGUAUCAGGGUUUUUCUUUGGUUUUAGUCAGUUUAGUUGUCCUUGUCCAGCAGUACAGUGAAUGAGGACUCUGGAGUUUGAACAGUUGCCUGAUGGGGGCGCCAGGUUUUAAUUUUGCAGAGCUGUGCUGUUCCACCACAAUACACUUAGGUUAAAGCUGGAGGAACGAUGAUUACAGACGUCCAUACAUGCUUUAUUUGUAGAUGUUAACUUGUGCUCAGUGGGAAUCCUGCAGUGUAACUCAUUCCCGGCAGCAGUUAGAUAUUUAGACCUACACCAGGGCCUUCAGCCUCUGUUUCCUCUGCUGGUUGGAUCUGAUCUGAACCUUUUCUGUCCGAGAUACAGUUGCAACGGAGCACUUUAUUCAUGCAUGGCUUAGAUUUUUGCGUGAUUAGUGUCCGUAAGUCCGUAUUCAGCCAUAUAAAUGUUUGUUUUUGUUUUUUUAUCACCGUCAUAGGCAUGAUAAUAAUCUCUGUACAACCAGUCUAAUCAAAAUGUCUGCAUUUGCUAUCAAGGUAAUAGUAUUGUGAAGCAAAGGUGCAUUUUUCCACAGUAAACAAUAGUCAUAACAUAAGCAGAAGCCAAAAAACUCACCAGUUAAUUAAAGGAAAUGCUAAGUAGUAAUUGCCUUGUAUUUAUUACACCUAUACACACAUACACCCAUGUUACAGACACAACUGGGUCAACAUAGCAACACAGACAUAGCGUACAGAGACCCAAUGGUUCCACGCCCAGUGUUAAAGCUUAAAUGCUGGUUUUCAAGAGAGUCAUAGCACAACAACAAAAACAACAGCUAGUUCGAGCCAGCAUUUUUAUGUGUCUUUUUAGUGAUGCUUUUUCAAAACAUAAGGCUUGUGGAAUUCAUUUAGAAGUCCUGAAUGAGGGAACAACGCUACAGAAGCUCAUAUAUUAUCCUUAUGCAAUAAACAAACACUAAGCACGCAUCCAUGUUACAUUUCCAAACUCUGAUGAUGAGAAAAAGACUUGAAUUUGCAUUUUAUUAGGCAGGAAACCCCUGUUACUUUACAGUAGCAGUAUUUCAAGACUGUUUGAAAAAACCUUCAAAUAUGAAUUAAAGUAUUCGAGCUGUGCUUGAUUAUCUUCCGUCUCACCCUCUGAAGUUGGAAGAUUAAAGAGCAAAAUAACAUUAUAGCUCAAGCAAGUGGUCCUCAGCUACUGUUGUAUGAUACUGUAAAACAAGCUAGUGCCUGCUUCAGUGUAAUUAGUGCCUGUAAGUCAGUUCUCUACUGGUGUGUACUGUAUUUAUUACUGUAAUAUUGUUCUUUACAUUGUACAAUGUGAUAAUGUAUGUUCUUGGCCUUGAAAAUAAACCUAGUAGAUAAUG